UCACAUCGCGUCGGCAUAAAUACGAGGGGGAGGGCCGAAGGGAGAGCAACGAGGCUCCGACACCAGACAUCCGCCUCUCCGCGUCCGACUCCCGGGUGGCUCAGCCGCCAGAUGUCGGUCCGCCGGGUGGGCUUCUGCCUGAGCGAGAAGAAGCGCAGGAGGAUGAACCUGGACGCCUUCGCUGCCUUCUGUGCGGGCCACGGAGUGGAAGUGGUGGAGAUCGACCUCACUCGACCUCUGGUGCACCAGGGACCCUUUGACAUCAUCGUCCACAAGCUCUCCGAUGUCAUCGUGGAGGCCGAGCGCGACAGCCAAUCACAGCGGGUCCUCGCGGACUUCCAGAGCUACGUGUCGGCUCAUCCGGCCACAGUUCUUCUGGACCCUCUGCCCGCCAUGACCCGGCUCCUGGACCGCUUUGCCUCUUACCGGAUCAUGAGCCGUCUGCACGAUUCCCUCAGAGAUUGGUGCAUCUGCAGUCCUCCGUACCUGGAGAUCCACAGCGACAGUGACCUGCCUUCCAUUCAGCAGGCGUUGAUGACCCAGGGCUUGAGCUUCCCUCUCAUUUGUAAAACCAGAGUGGCACACGGCUCGCUUUCCCACGAGAUGUCUCUGAUCUUCGGCGCAGACGGACUGGCCGACGUCCGUCCUCCCUGUGUCCUCCAGAGCUUCGUCAGCCACGGGGCCGUCCUGCACAAGGUGUUUGUGGUGGGAGACCAACACUUCUGCGUGAAGAGGCCUUCGCUCAAGAACUUCCCCUCAGGUCCCUGUGACAGGAAGACCAUCUUCUUUAACAGCCAUCAGGUGUCCAAGCCGGAGUCAAACUCUCAUCUCACAGCACUGGACGAGCAGAAGCCGGGCCUCCCUCCUCCCAGCUCCGAGGCCGUGGCCGCCCUGGUGCGAGAGCUGCGGGCUCGGCUCGGCAUGGCCUUGUUCGGCGUGGACGUCAUCGUCGACGUUCACACGCACACCCUCACCGCCAUCGACAUCAACAUCUUCCCAGGCUACGAGGGGGUGCCACAGUUUUUCUCCUCCCUGCUCAGCCACAUCCAGUCGGUGUUGGACCGGCAGGCGUCUGCCGGCCCCCGGGGGGCCAAUCCACCCGAGUCCAUGCAGGCCGCAGGAGGUCUGUCAGGAGGUCUGUCUCCUGCAGAGGUCGACCUCUAAGUCCCCCCCCCCCCCCCCCUCCAACGGAGACGCCGUGGAUUGGACCGGGUCUCACCAGCCGAACCCUUUUCCCUUUGGACCAAACACAGUCGUUUCCGAGACUUUGCUUCUGUUGAAAUAUGUUAUUUAUACGUAAUCUUUGAUACGAUUUGAACUGGAAACUGUAUCCACUGUAAAUUACACAAAUAAUUUUGUGCCUUCAAGUGAUUUUUACUGUUUUUACAAAUCAAACAGAUGACACAUAAUGGUUUAAUACACUUUCCCUUUAUUGAUUGAAGCGUAGAAGAAGAUACAGCCGGCACAAAAUACAGCAAUGUGAUUGGCCAGUAAUAUUUUAAACAGUGUUUUUCUUAAUAUUUUUUCACCUUGUUAUUCGAAAAGUCCUCUAUACCCUUUAGUGGACCCCCCCCCCCCCCCCCAUUUUUUUCCCCUA